AGCUGUGGGGGCUCAAGUACAAGGGCAUGCGCGCGCCGCUCGAGUCUGCAAGGAAACCGCCCGCAGACUACAGGCAGCCAUUCACGGAACCCGCUAGCAGUGCUUCUGCCAGCAACGCAUCGCAGACGCUGGAGCGAGGCAUGGCCCCUCAGGAUUCGCGGCAGGUCGGCGGCGCGAAAAAAACGGCGGCGCGAAGUGGGCGGCCUUCUGGGGAUGCUGUGAGGCUCCUCGGAGGCCGUCUUGAUCUUUGAGAAGCCCUUUCAAGUGGCCUCCGAUCCCUUCUUGGGUUGCCUGUGCCUUCUCGGAAAGCCGCCUCCCUCGCCGUAGACCCUCCCGGCCAAGCUCCGCCCAGAGCCAGCCCAGCGAGCCCUCCUGGGGUCCAUCCGGAGUAGUCUUCCGAGCCGCGCCCUAGCUGUGGCGCCGAGAGUGUCAAGAGAUGCUUCAAGCCUUCCGAAGCGACGUUGUCAUUUUUGGGCCCACCUUAUGUUGUGUCCUUCCACAACGGAGGACGCACCAGACUCGCCACGACGGGCAUCUUGGGCAUCGGUUCGGAGCUUCCGCAAACACCAUCUCGGAUCUCGUAGCUCUUCGCCAGCCACGUUCGGCUUCAAGCCCCUCCAGACAGAGGACGGCGCGGCUCAGAAGGAACUCUGGGCCGGAUUGGGGCAACGGUGCACCGGCUCCUCUACUUCGUCUUCGUCAUCGUUUAGCCCUACGCGCUCCUCUACGGAGCUCAGGAACGCCUCCCCGCAGUUGCUGGCCAGCCGCGGGCGCGACCAGGGCCAGCCCAGGCCAGCGGACGGCGGCCCCGGGGAAGCCUCCAGCCCGCUGCCAGAUCGCCUGGUCCGCCACAGGCCCGCCGUGAAGAAGAGGGGUCAGCCCUAUGAUGUUCCAACCUACGCUGACCUUCGAGCACCAGAAAGAAUCUCGAGCACCACGAAUGUACCGAAACCGGCGGGUUUCACAUGCUGGGCCCUGCGAGGCGAUCCUCGGCUGACACAUCGCCAGCGUGCCGGGCAGGCUUUGCUUCGAUACUUUUCUGGGUGCUCGGAAUUCGUCCUGGGAUCGAUUCGGGAUAAAUCGCCAGGCUCGGCGGAGCCCCGAGGUGAGUAUCCAGGUCCCGAUUACCUGAGGACUUCUUUCCUUGCCUGGCAACUCAAACACCAGGUGGCUCGGUUUUAUUCAGACGUGGGACCCCGGGCAUCUCGACCUCCCCGGGUUUGUCGAUCUGUUCACCCUGGGCGUCGCUGAGCUGUUUUUUGAACGCCCUGGGGCCCGAAGGCGCCCCCCCUCGGAAAACAACGCAGCAUUUCCGCCUUGAUGUUUUCAAGGCAUCGGAUGAGGAGACGCCGCAUCGCGAGGGGAAUCGCGAGCGGAGCCCGGCGUCUUCGCGAGGGUCACCUGGCCCAGGGCCGCAGCUGGCGAAAGAUGCGGCGGUCCCAGCGCCAUGAUCUUAGUGGGGACCUCAGAGGCCCGGCUUCCCAGGUCUCCGACGUCGUGUUUUUUUUUGCAGCGUGGGCCCCGAGAUGCUUCCUCCGCGGGAGCGCCUUUCCUUCCCGAGGCGUUUUUUGACUGGCCCAAUGCCCAGUGAGGGCCCCCAAAUGCUGAGAGUGAGCAGCACCUUUCCAUCGUGAUUUUCCCACGCCCUCCUGUGUUCGGGCUGGGCAUUCGGUCUUCAUAGAGCGAGGCUGCUCCACCAAUUUCAGCCUGCCCCCUCCACUCGCCGGUCCGCCGCUGAGGUGCUGCGUGAGGCUCCGCCUAGCCGCUUUAGGUGAGGCUGCGCCCCGUUGCUUUAGGUCAAUUUGUCGCUGCGUGCCCCGCUUUGGCUGGACUCGCCGCUGGCGCGCUCGC